AUGUCGGUAAAAAAUCGUACGGCACCCGGUCCCGACAGAAUAAGACCAGAACACCUGAAGAGCCUUCCGCCAGUACUCAUCAACACCUUGGCGAGGCUCUUUACACGUUAUCUGUCGGAAUGCAAGGUUCCUAAGCAGAGGAAGACCAGCAAGACCGUGUUGUUGUAUAAAAAGGGAGAUGCACAUGACAUCGGCAACUAUCGUCCAAUCUGCCUACUGUCUGUCAUCUACAAGCUCUUUACAAGAGUGAUUCUUAAUAGGAUUGAAAAAGUCUUGGAUGAAGGACAGCCAUGCGAGCAAGCAGGGUUUCGAAAAGGAUUCAGCACGAUUGACCACAUUCACACUGUUUCGAAACUCACCGAGGUAUCACGAGAGUACAAGAUGCCGCUCUGUCUCACCUUCAUCGACUUGAAGAAGGCCUUCGACUCAGUUGAGAUGGAAGCGGUCGUGGAAGCCUUGGACAACCAAGGCGUCCCUACUCAGUACAUAAAGGUACUUCGACAGUUGUAUAGUAACUUCACGACCGGAAUUUCGCCAUUCUACAAGAACAUCAUCAUUGACGUGAAGAGGGGAGUCCGACAGGGUGAUACAAUUUCACCCAAAAUAUUCACAGCCACCCUCGAGAACGCAAUGAGAAAGUUGGAAUGGGACGACAUGGGAGUGAAUGUUGAUGGUCGGCAGCUACACCAUUUGCGCUUUGCUGAUGACAUCGUACUGAUAACAUCCAGCAUCAGCCAAGCGGAACGAAUACUGACCGAAUUCGACGAAACAUGUGGAUGCAUCGGUCUUCAGCUGAAUCUGCAAAAGACGAUGUUCAUGCGCAACGGAUGGGUCUCGGAUGCCCCAUUCACGCUCAACGGAACGAACAUAUCCGAAUGCACCAGCUAUGUUUAUCUGGGUCGGGAACUGAACAUGAUGAACGACCUGACCCCCGAACUGGGCAGGAGAAGAAGAGCGGCUUCGGGAGCGUACAAGAGCAUCGAGGAUGUAGUGAAGAAGACCAGGAACACCCGGCUCCGUGCUCACCUCUUCAACACCACCGUACUUCCUGCUUUGACCUAUGCUUCGGAAACUUUGGCAUUUCGCAAGCAGGAAGAAAACGCAGUGAGCGUCAUUGAACGCGCAAUUGAGAGAGUGAUGCUAGGAGUAUCCCCUUUCACGCAAGUGAGGGACGGGAUUCGAAGUUCUCUCCUACGUCAACGAUCGAAGAUUAGAGACGCCGUCGCGUUUGCCAAGGAAAGUAAAAUAAGGUGGGCCGGACACGUGAUGCGCUUUAGCGACAACCAUUGGACCGGAGCCGUGAGUGACUGGGUUCCCCGCGAUAUUAGACGCACUACAGGAAGACCGCCGAGCCGAUGGUCAGAUUUCUUCACGAAGUCCUUCAGAGAAAAGUAUGAUGCUCUUCGUGUCCCACGCAAAAGGAGGAACCACUGGGCUACUCUGGCACGCGAUCGGGACAAAUGGAAGAAUUACUGGCGUCCGCUCGACCAGUUCGCAGAUCAACGGGAGUCAAGGUGA